AUGGAAGCCCGAUCGCAGUAACGCAAGGCAACUCAUACACGGGUCCUGCUUAGAACAAUAGAAUUGUAGAGUUGGAAAUGGACCCUGGGGAUCAUCUAGUCCAACCCCCUGCAAUGCAGGAAUAUAUUUUGUGAAUGAAGAGGUGCGGGGGGAAUCUUUGGUCCUCUGAGAUUGUGCCAAGAACGCCCGUCAGUUCCCAGCAAGCAUAGCCAAUGGCCAUGGAUGAUGGGAGGAGUAGUUCAGCAACAUCAAAGGCCAAUGGUACAGCACACCUGUCAAAGAUUUCAAUUCCGUAACAAUGACAUUAUUGUGUAUUAUUAUUUAAUAAAUUUGUAUACUGCCCUGUACCGCAGGUCUCAGGGCAGUUCACAACAUAAAAUCACAAUAUAAAAAACACCAAAUAUAUAAUAAAUACAAGAACAACCCCCCCAACACAUUUUAAAAGGGCAUUGGAUUUUAAAACCUAUGCAGCAGAGAUUUCCGUGUGCAACCGAGGACUGUUAUAGAAACAGCCCAUUGCUUUAGGUAAAGGUGAAGGGACCCCUGACCAUUAGGUCCAGUCGUGGCCGACUCUGGGGUUGCGGCGCUCAUCUCGCUUUAUUGGCCGAGGGAGAUGGCGUACAGCUUCUGGGUCAUGUGGCCAGCAUGACUAAGCCGCUUCUGGCGAACCAGAGCAGCACACGGAAACACUGUUUACCUUCCCGCCCAAGCGGUACCUAUUUAUCUACUUGCACUUUGACAUGCUUUCGAACUUGGCAGGAGCAGGGACCGAGCAACGGGAGCUCACCCUGUCGCAGGGAUGGUUUAACCUACAGCGCGACCCACACCCAUUGCUUUAGAGCUCACUAAAAGAUAAUGCCAACAGGUGGCAGCCUUCCUUAGUCAAUGAGAUAAAGCAGUAGAAGCUGGAGUAUUGCCUUGCUUGUGAUUUACAGAGUAACCACUUUGUGAAAGAGGGGCUGGGUUUUUAAUUUAAUUUUUGUUUUAUUGUGGGUGUAUUCUGCAACAUGUUCUAGACCAGUGUUUCCCAAACAUGGCUCUCCAGCUGGUUUUGGACUACAACUCCCACCAUCCUGAGCUAGCAGGGAUGAUGGGAACUGUAGUCUGAAAACAGCUGGGGACCCAAGUUUGGAAAACCCUGGUUUAGACACAUAGGAACAUGGGAAGCUGCCUUGUAUUGAGUCAAACCAGUGGCCCAUCUCAGCUCAGUAUGGUCUGCACCAGCAGACAGUAGCUGUCCAAGACUGCAGACAGCAGCAUCUCUCUCACCCCUUCCUGGAGAGGCCUGGGAUUGAACCUGCGACCUUCGGCAUACAAUGCAGAUUGUCUGCCACUGAGCUACAGGACCUUCCCCACUAUAGUGCAUUAAUGAUGAAUUUAUUCUGCUUUGUGUUUACAGUCAUACCUCUGGAUGAAUGUGCUUCAGGUUAAGCGCUUUCGGGUUGCGCUCCUUGGCAACCUGGAAGUAACGGGUUUCGCUGCUUGCGCAUGCGCAGUCACUCAAAAUGACAUCAUGCGCAUGCGUGGAAGCGCCAAAACACGACAUGCACAGACGCGCUGUCACGUCUUACGUUCCAUUCAGGAUGCGAACGGGGCUCUGGAACGGAUCCUGUUCGCAUCCCAAGGUACCACUGUAUUUACUUUAUUUAUUUUUACAGUUAUACCACAGCUUUUCCUCCAAGGAGCUUGGGUUGGUGUACAUAGCUCUCCACAUUUUAUCCUGUGAGGUAGGUCAGCGAGCAUCAUGGCUAAGUGGGGAUUUGAACCCUGCUCUCCCAGGUCUUAGAUCAGCACUUUGACCACUCACACCGCACUGGCUCUUGUUCUGCCAUGGUUCCCCAAUGCUACCAUAUUAUUCCUGUAUGAAAAAUUGUAUGAAAAAUUGCAGGAUUUCAGCAGGAUAAAGGUAAAGGACCCUGGAUGGUUAAGUCCAGUCAAAGAUGACUACAGUGGUACCUCGGGUUACAGACGCUUCAGGUUACUCCGCUAACCCAGAAAUAGUACCUCAGGUUAAAAACUUUACCUCAGGAUGAGAACAGAAAUUGUGCAGCGGCAGUGGGAGGCCCAAUUAGCUAAAGUGGUAACUCAGGUUAAGAACAGUUUCAGGUUAAAAACGGACCUCCAGAACAAAUUAAGUUCUUAACCUGACGUACCAGUGUAUGGGGUUGCGGCGCUCAUCUUGCUUUCAGGCCGAGGGAGACAGCGUUUGUCCACAGACAGCUUUCUGGGUCAUGUGGUCAGCAUGAAUAAACCGCUUCUGACGCAAUGGGAUGCCAUGGCGGAAACCAGAGCGCACGGAAAUGCCGUUUACCUUCCUGCCGGAGCGGUACCUAUUUAUCUACUCACACUGGCGUGCUUUCAAACUGCUAGGUUGGCAGGAGCUGGGACAGAGCAACGGGAGGUCACCCCACCGCAGGAAUUCGAACUGCCGACCUUCUGAUCGGCAAGCCCAAGAGGCUCAAUUGUUUAGACCACAGUGCCACCCGCGUCCUGUUUCAGCAGGAUAUGCAUUGACUGGAAAUGAAACAGCGAGAGAGAGUGCCCCAGAACAUUUGCAAGUGCAAAUGGUGUUGAAAUGAUGGUUGUGUAUGACCACCCCAGUACUGUCGUGAAGGAUGCAGAAUAAAAUGGAUGUCUGGAGGCGCCCACUGAGAAUCAAAUCCAUGGAUGAAGAACCCAAGGGGUGAUCUUUUGAGGCAGUUGAGGGGCGGCUUUCUCACAGUUCUUCAGCUCUUGCUGAACUACAAGUCCCUAGCAGUGGUCACGCUGGCCAGGCUUUGUGCCUUAGGCAGUCCCUUAGGGUGACAAAGGAGAUGAAGGUUCCUGUACCUUUCACAGCUUUGUGAAAAUGGGAAUUUUGGAAGGUGCAGUUGUUGUGCCGCGGUGGUGGUAGGUGGGGGAGACAAAAGCACCAAUCUGCACACACUCCUUCACCUGGGGAAGAAGAACUUGUGUCCCUCCAUAUUUUGUUGGACUGACUCCAACUCCUAUCAGGUAUAGCCAAGUUCAGGGAUCCAUCGCCCCUCCUCCAUUCUACACUAUUAAAAAAUGCAGGAGUGCAGUACUUCACUUGUCAUGUCAUUAUUUCGCUAGAUAGUGUGGAGCAGUAUUUGCCAGCCAGGCACCCUCCCAACAUUUUGGGCUACGAAACCCCACCUGCGCUGGCUUUUGGGAGUUGUAGUCCAACCUGGGGGCACCUGGUUGGCAAAGAUCGGUGCAGAGGAUCAAACAGGUUUCUCAUGCACAACAUGAGGUGGCCAACGUGAAGGGGGAGCUCUUCUUCAAUGUUGAGGUUUCCGCCCCCCAGGUUCUCUUCUGAGUUUUUUUCCAGUCCUGGCAAGGGCAAAACAGAUCCGGUUCUGUUGGCUGUGGGAGGUGUGGGCUGGUUAGGCAAGUCAGACUUGAACAGAGACCAGGCAAGUCUUCAGGAACCUCAGCCGUAUUGUGUUUUGAUGUUGGGGCAGAUGUCGGGUGACACCCCUCCUUCUGAGAAUGGGCAGGAGGCAAUGAAGAGGUCAGGGGACAGUCCAAGUGUUGUUGUUUUUUUGCAAGGGGGGGGGGAGGAUAUUCUAGUAGCAAACCUGGGAGCCUUUCAGCUUCAAAGUGUGUGUAGAAGUACAGUAUAUAAAAUUUUGUAAAUCAAACCUCCUUUGAGCUUCUAUCCUUAAAUAACGCGGGUGGCAGUUGUGCCCAUAAAGAGAAAGAGAGAGAGAUUAUUUGUUUGUUUGUUUCUUUCCUAUUCAUUUUCCACCCCACCCUUCCUCUCAAAGAAGCCCAGGAAAACACAUACGGUAACUAAGCAGCAAGACAAUAUAAUUGGAACUACAGCACAUUCAUCCCUCAAAGGAUUCUGGGUACUGUCGUCUCACAGAGUUAUCAUUCCCAACCAUCCUUAACAACCUGCAGGGCCCAGAAUUCUUUGAGGGAAAGAGCGUGUUUUGGAUGUGCUUUAAAGAUACACCCAAAGUUCUGUUUCAGAGUAGACCAUUAAAAAGACUAGACUAAGGUUACCAGAUUUUCCCCCAAUGAAUCCAGGGACACUUUUCAACUUCCUACUAAAUAGAUUGAUUUUGUCAGGGGAUUGAUUUGUAAAUCUGGAAACUGUCCCCAGGAAACAGGGACGUCUGGUAACCUUAGACUAGACCCAAGUUAAUUAACUUCAAAAGGUCUCCCCUGAGCAUGACUAAAGUUAGAGGAAUCCUACAAUAAACAAAAACAUGUAAAAUACUGAGAAAACGAGAACGUCUAAAAAUGUGUGGAAACAGUCAUUCACAUAUGGUAAUGUCAAGGUUAGGGACCUGGGUGGCGCUGUGGGUAAAACCUCAGUGCCUAGGACUUGCUGAUCGUAAGGUCGGCGGUUCGAAUCCCCACGGCGGGGUGAGCUCCCGUCGUUCGGUCCCAGCUCCUGCCCACCUAGCAGUUCGAAAACACCCCUAAGUGCAAGUAGAUAAAUAGGUACCGCUUUAUAGCGGGAAGGUAAACGGCGUUUCCGUGUGCGGCACUGGUGCUGGCUCGCCAGAGCAGCUUCGUCACGCUGGCCACGUGACCCGGAAGUGUCUUCGGACAGCGCUGGCCCCGGCCUCUUGAGCGAGAUGAGCGCGCAACCCUAGAGUCGGUCACGACUGGCCCGUACGGGCAGGGGUACCUUUACCUUUACCUUUUUAAUGUCAAGGUUGCCGGGAGCAGUAUUUCACAGCCAUUUGAUGCCUGGGUGAAUAGGAAUGUUUCAAAAUCCCCCUGAAGGUUAAUCCUGAGGGGAAAAGAUGGACCUCAGCCCGGACGGCAUUCAAAAAAUGAAGUGUCACCACUGAGAAGGCCCUGUCAUGGAUCAACACCAACUGAGGCCCAUGUUUGCACUAUACAUUUAAGCACUAUGACGCCACUGUCAUGGCUUCUCCAAUGAAUCCUGGGAGCUGUGGUUUGUUAAGGGCGCUAUUUCCCUCCCAGAGCUACAAUUCCCAGAAUCCCUCACGGAGAGGGAAUGGUUUUUAACCACUCUGGGAACAGCAUAUUACUUGACUGAUAUAUUAAGACUUUUCAGGCUUUAGUACUCUAGAUCUAAGAACUUUGCCAGUGAAUCUCAUUUUUCAAAUCAUCUGAGGAAGAAGAGGACCCCUGGACCGCCGGUUGUAAACCACUGCUGUUCUCUUUGUGGGGUUUGUUCUCCCCAUCUGCUCUCUCCUCCGCGCACAUCUUUCACCUCUGAAAAUCAACAUUUUGAGAUUUAUGACCAGCUGCAAUAAAUCUACAGGGGAGAAAAGGCGCUAGGUGGCAGGGGACAGCUUAUAAAAUGAUUUAGGGUGGGUUGGGGGGCUCCAUCCCAUAGAAUCCUUUGCACCCACUUUAAUUUUCAAAAGAGCUCUUUCCUCACAUAGUAAUGCACGGCAAAUGUGCUGCUGUUGACCUGCUGUAGGCCAUGUAUAAGAAGGUGAACAGUUUAUAAGGACCAGUGUUUACAGGCCAAAAGAGCCUCUGUCCUGCGAGAAGGCUGGACUCUGCAGCUUGCAGUUGGUGUCGCGGCUGGAAGGAGGCACUCUGGGAACCCUGGGGAAGGAUUAUGUGCCGGCAAAUUCCUCCCCAAGCAGCCUGAAAGAGAGAAUGUGGCGGCACCGGCUCGGCCACCCCUGCCUUGCCUCGCAGCAGGUGGAGCCCUGAGGUGGGGUGUGACCUGGGAAUACAUUCUCUCCAGGGGGCAGAUUCCAGUGGCAGGGAGUGGCUGCGAGCAAGCGGGUGACUGGAGACACGAGAAGGCACCGUGAGACGGGCAGGAGAGAACCUGGCACUCAGCUAGCUGGAGACAGAGCUCUCUUGCAGGAAAACGUCUGCCGUUCGAGAUCAGGUGAGGCUUUGCAAAGAACUGGCAGGGGUGGGCCAGGAAGGAACAGGGGGCUGCAGACAGAUGGGCAGGAGUUUGGGGGGCUGGCAGAGAUUGUGAAAGGGGGCAAGUCCUCCAAAAUGGGGCCAGCUGAGAGCAGAAGGUGCUCAAUGCAGGAGCGAAAGAGAGGGAAACCUUUUGAUGUGGCUGGAAGCUGAUUUCCGGGUGACACACAGUAUGUUGAAAACUAUUCCUAGCGAUGCACUCAGUGGAUGCUGGAUGUCUGCUUGUUUGUUUUGGGCAAUAUUGGCAUGCGAUUGUGAUACAUUGGGUUUAAAACUGCCCCUCUUGGAAGGUGGUGGGCAACCAUCCAAUGCUGAGAACCUCCUCCUAAAAACAGACAAUGAAUACAGUACAAACUUGCUUCUAGUCCCCGUGGUUCCAGGAAAACCUAUGAAGGCCAUUUCUGCUAAUUGCUUAAUAUUUAGAAUGAAAUUGGUAGACAAAGAAUGGACGUAUUGCAUAGAUAGGGAUUUCUAACGUCUGCAGCAGGACUCAGUCCAUCCCAUAACAAGGAAAUCCCAUGGUGGGCAUAUGGGAGCUGUUUGUAGUUAUCCAGCAGUGUGAGGGAAGUGCACUCAGCAUAUGCUCAGGGGCACUCUGUCACAGGUGUGCCUGACUUCACAUAUUCCGGGAUUGCCUACUCAAUCUGGAAAUUAGUUUUGUGGUCUGUGGUGGGUUCCAAGUCCAGCAAAGCUCUGUAUUUUGAGAUCACUCCCUUGCUUGGUCACUGCUUCGAGGCCCUGUGAUCCAGGAAUGUGACCCUCGUCGUGUUUUCAGGUGGUCCCUAGGACCACAAUUGAAAUAGCAGAGGAAGGCGCUGAAGAGUCAGAGAUUUCUUUGAAGAGGCUGUGCAAAAGAAAAAGAAAGAAAGAAAGAGCAAGCUAGCCUCUUCAGCAGCACCAAAAGAGAAAAGAAAAAAAGGCUAGCCUCUUCAGCAGCGCAAACAGCAACAGCCAUGAAAACCUGAGAGCACUCCUGAGCUGUUUGCACAGUUCUCCUGUGUGUGUUUGUGAGCAGAUAGCUUUGCUUGAUCAGGGCUAUAGAGAGGCCGGUAGUGGAAAGUUAGGGAGCCUUUCUGGAAAGCAGGGGCCAUCGGGUGGGAUGGAGGAAUGUAGUGGUACACAAAGAACAAGGCAAACAGAAUAACUCCUUGCCUCUGUUUAUAUGUACUGCCUUUGCUCUGCUUGCAUCCCAUAUUUCACGUUUGAAGCCGCAGGUGAGCAAUAAUAGAGAAAUACAGGACAAUCUGUACAUGGGCUUCAGGUGUCUUAAGGACAGUGCCUACUACUCAUUUCCCUGGCUAAAACACUGUCCCUCUGUUACCUUUUAAAAAAGGAAGUCUCUCUAGAAUUAGUUUAGGAUAUCUUUAGGCGCCAGGCAAAAACAUUCCUCUUCUCCCAGAACAAUCUAUGGCCUUUUAAACUGGAUGGCGGUAUUGUUUUUAUUUGUUACUAUGCUAUGUGUUUUUGUGUUUUUAUAUUGUCAACCGUCCUGUGAUCCUCGGAUGAAGGGCGAUAUAGAAAUUUAAUAAAUAAUAAAAAUAAAAUCGCAUUGGUGAUUACACACUUGCACUAGAGUCCUCCAGGGCUGUGUAUACAUUUAAAACACAUUCCUAUUCCUCCCCUCACCCCAUUAAAAAAAAAAAAAAAUCGUCUGAAAAAUCCAAUUAAGAAAAAUCCUGUGAAAAAUUUCCGUUAAGAGUGCUGAUAAUUGGAUGAUUUUUGUUGUAACUUUGUAUUACAGUGGUACCUCGGGUUAAGAACUUAAUUCGUUCUGGAGGUCUGUUCUUAAUCUGAUACUGUUCUUAACCUGAGGUACUACUUUAGCUAAUGGGGCCUCCUGCUGCCGCCGCGCCACCACCGCGCAAUUUCUGUUCUCAUCCUGAAGCAAAGUUCUUAACCCGAGAUACUAUUUCUGGCUUAGCAGAGUCUGUAACCUGAAGCAUCUGUAAUCUGAAGCGUCUGUAACCCGAGGAACCACUGUAUUUCAAUUCAAAUAUGAAUCACCUUCUAAACCGCUGUCUUCAUGCGAUGUGCACAUGAGAUCUACACAACCGUAGCUGUGUGAAUAUUCUUUAAGGAGAGGGGUAUGUGUGAUUUAAAGUCUACAUAGCCCAGUUUUCAGCACUCCUUCCAGAAGUGUCUCGGAUAUGGUUCGCCGAGUCUUGCGAGGAACGGUUGGAAGCGCUGCGUGAGUUUAGCCUUGAUGGUCGCCUUCAAAUACCUCAAGGGCUGUCAUGCAGAAGACGUUUCUCCACAGGCCAGAACUAGAACAAAUGGGAGGAAAUGGCAAGGAAGGAGGUGUUGGCUGAAUCUUCUCAACAGCCCAAACUGUUUGACGGUGCAGCACACAGCUCUCCGGAGAAGGUUGGACCUUCCUUCACUGCAAUUAUUUAGGAAGAGGCUGGGCAGCUGUCCCUAGUUGCAUCUUGCAAUGCAACCCUGCUUUAAGAACACAAUGGCUCCUACGUUUGCCUUUUGAAGGAUGCCCUGUUAGUUAAGAUAAGUUGUGGGAGUUCCUCACUGUCUCCUCUGGUACGGGGAUCUGAAGAGGCAGCGAUUUGGUUUUUGUUGUGUUUUUGCAAUAUUCUUUAUUGAGUUUGCUUAUUAGUACAGUGGUACCUUGGGUUACAUAAGCUUCAGGUUACAUACGCUUCAGGUUACAGACUCCGCUAACCCAGAAAUAGUACCUCGGGUUAAGAACUUUGCUUCAGGAUGAGAACAGAAAUCGUGUGGUGGCGGCAGCAGGAGGCCCCAUUAGCUAAAGUGGUGCUUCAGGUUAAGAACAGUUUCAGGUUAAGAACGGACCUCCGGAACGAAUUAAGUACUUAACCCGAGGUACCACUGUACAGUUAUUCAUUUCAUUCUUCAAAACAUAAAAAAUACAUUAAAAAACCCCCAGAAUAAAACAACAUCUUUAACAGUGACUUCCCUCUACCACAUUGCUGGUACUGACUUCUUUUUUCUUUUUAACUGUGUCCAUUUUCACCUCUCGAUUCAUUGAACUCACAUGGCAAACAUUAUCUGUCUGUUAACUAGUUUGUGAAAAUUACUCAAAGCGUAUUAGAGGUUUUGUUUGGAAACAAUGUUUUUCUAAGUAUACUCUGUAACACUCCCAUUCAGUUUUAAAUUUUUGAUUUGAUUUGUUUGAUUCAUGAUGGCCUCUGUCAUCUUUGCUAGUUCUAACUAUUCACAUCAUUUAAUUUGCCAUUCUUCCUUCGUUGGAAUUUUCUCUCCUUUCCAAUUUUUUGGCAAUCAACAUUCAUGCAGGAGGCAGCGAUUUGUGUGCCAUCCUGUGUUCACUGCAACCAGCGCUAUUUCCAUCCUGCUGCAGUCUGGCUUCUGCUGAAAUAUACAUUGAUUGCAACUAAUGUAUUUCAAUGGAAAGGAAAGGGCCAAAACAAUACCGGGGACAACACGGUUAUUUAUGUGUAACCUCCUGCGGACUAAAAAAUCCCAACAAUUGCAAAUGCCACCCACAUUCAUUUUCAGUGUAUCUGAAGAAGUGUACAUGCCCAUGAAAGCUCAUACCAAGAACAAACUUAGUUGGUCUCUAAGGUGCUACUGGACAAUUUUUUAAAUAUAUAUUCAUUUUUGUGGUUUCCGUUCCUGACCUCGGGCAAACAAACAUGAGAAUUGCGGCAAUUUCCAAAUCCCAUUUCCAAUGUCUUGAGCAGUGGUGGAGGAAGCUGCUUGGGCGCCUGGGGCGGUGUGCCAGGGGCAGGGUGAGCCACACAUAGGGGCUGGGCAGACUGCACGGCCUCCAGAGUCUAUUUGACUCCUCCCACUCAGCUGCCCUACAGCUGGUGGGGAGGCAGCGGGCGGACCAUUUGGGCAAGCCAGAGCCUGUGCGCACCCGAGCCCCGCAUCUCUCCUGGGGCAGGCCCCGCGGUGAGUGCCACCCGGUAUUUUGUCACCCUCCUCAGUGGUGACACCUAGGGUGGUCUGCACCCACUGUAGCCCCCUUCCUCUGCCCCUGAGUCUCAAGAAGAAAAAUCUGGGAAGAUGGUGCCCCUGGCCUCUAAGGCACAUGCUAAAAGCCAGCUGCACCAUUUGGCGGUCUGAGGCGGCUGCCUCAGGCAGCUGACUUUGGAUGUCAUCAAAAGGCAGAAAGCUGUUAGUCAUUCAGUUUAUUGCUGUACUUGUACUGCCAGGGAGGGGAGAGGUACUUCUGGGAAUCUGCCUCUGGUGCCCCAGAUCCCUUGACCUGCCUUGAAUACUAGGCACUUUGUCUUGGGUCGGGGGUGUUAUUUGUUCCUCUGCUGGCCCCCAAGGUUUCUUGGACUGGCCCUGACGAACGCAAGUGUACGGACAUCAGCACUAAGACCUCAUUGCAAUACUCAGUCCCCUGUUUCAGUCUGGGUAUUUGUAGUAAUUGGCAGUUACAGUGUUUAUUUAUUUCAUGAAAUUUAUGUACAGUGGAACCUUGGGUUACAUACAUUUCAGGUUACAUAUGCUUCAGAUUACAGACUCCGCUAACCCAGAAAUAGUACCUUGGGUUAAGAACUUUGCUUCAGGAUGAGAACAGAAAUUGCGCAGCAGCAGCAGCAGCGGUAGCGGGAGGCCCCAUUAGCUAAAGUGGUGCUUCAGGUUAAGAACAGUUUCAGGUUAAGAACAGACCUCCAGAAUGAAUUAAGUAUGUAACCAGAGGUACCGCUGUACUGCUUGAGUGUAAACCUCAGAGCGGUUUACCCCCCCCCAAAAAAGCAAUAAAAUUAUCGCUAAAAAUUUUAAACCAGAAUCUAAAACAUACGGAAAGUUACAAACCCCACAACAGAGCAGACUAAAACAAACUCAUAUGAACUUUCUAAACAUCUAGGUAGUCUUGUCUAAAUAAGAAUGUCUUCAGCAGGCACCCAAAAAUGAUAGAGGCUGGUAAUAUUAAAGUUACUAAUAUUAGUAGUAUUAUGGGUUAAGAUCCCUACCAAUUACUGCAAGCCAUUUACUGCAAUAUCUUUUUAUCUGUAUAUUGCCUUUCAUGCACAAUAACCAAGUGGUGUGCAGAAAGCAAACAUACAAGAGACCUAUAAAAUCCAGAUCAAAACGACAGCCACUAGCUUGGGUGUGGAGAAUCUUUUUCUGCCCAAGGGCCACAUUUCAUCUGAGGUGACACUCUGGGGUCCAUGUGCUGGUGGUGGGUGGAGCUAGAGAUAAAAGUGGGUGGAGUAACUCAUGUCAUUUUUACCUUUGUACAGUGUGUGUGUAUAAGCUAGCUUACUCCAGCCUGGGGUGCUAUGGGAGAGGUAGUACCUCUGGUGGGGGACACAUUGUGCUCCUUCUAGGUAGUUUGUUCACCUUUGGUCCCCACCCUGUGCUCAGCUCUCACCUGCGGUUCCUGGAAGCUGACAGUGGCCACACCCCAGGAAAUGGCUUUGACUGACUGGACAAACCAGGUGAGGGAAGCCAAUGGGUCUCAAACCCUCAGUGAGUUAGGAAUUUCCCUUGCAUGCGAAGACAGGCUUUGGCAGAUUGAACAGACGAGACCAACAGUGGAUCCAAUGGUCAAGAAGGCAGUUUCUCCACAUGCUGUAGAGGGACGUGAGGGGCAGAUGGGGCCUGCCAACCUGGGAAGGUAGCAAUGCAAAACUCUGAUGGAAACCUCCACUGCAUUGAGGGCCAUAUAGGAGACAAGAAAAGGCUAAGGAGUAAACCCUACUACACAAAUCUGGAGUUGAGGUCCCUAAGACGGUUGGAUAUGUCUUCUUCCAGCAUCUCCUGCAACCCAGCUGGUGUCAAACACAUUGCUCUGCUUUCUGUUGGACCACAUCAAUGAGGCUGAGAGGGGAGUCUUGUUGUCUGGACAGUGGUUCUGCAGGAAUAGUGCCUACUACAGAAAAGGCCAUCUCUCUCCUUGCCACUAGAAUAAGCCUCAGCAGGUUGAGGCACGACCAGGAGAGCGUCAUCAUCCUUUAAUAAUAAUAAUAAUAAUAAUAAUAAAUUUUAUUUAUAUCCCGCCCUCCCCAGCCAAAGCCAGGCUCAGGGCGGCUAACAACAAACAAAUAAUCAAACAAUCAAAUAAUCCAACAUUCUAAAACAUUUCAUUAUAAAAAUUAAUUAAAAUCAAAUUAAUGGCAACCGUUAAGCAAAGUUCUGUGCAGGUUGCCAGAGGAAGGAGUCAGGCUGGGCCCUGACCAAAGGCCUGGUGGAACAACUCUGUCUUGCAGGCCUUGCGGAAAGAUGUCAGGUCCCACAGGGCCCUAGUCUCUUGUGACAGAGCGUUCCACCAGAUUGGAGCCGCAGCCAGAAUGCCCUGGCUCUAGUUGAGGCCAGCCUAACCUCUCUGAGGCCUGGGACCUUCAGGAUGUUUUUAUUUGCAGACCGUAGGUUCCUCUGUGGGGCAUACCAGGAGAGGCGGUCCCGUAGGUACGAGGGUCCUAGGCCGUAUAGGGCUUUAAAGGUUAAAACCAGCACCUUAAACCUGAUCCUGUACUCCACCGGGAGCCAGUGCAGCUGGUAUAGUACCGGAUGAAUGUGAUCUCGCAGCGAAGACCCCAUAAGGAGUCUCGCCGCGGCAUUCUGCACCCGCUGGAGUUUCUGGGUCAGUCUCAAGGGCAGCCCCACGUAGAGCGAGUUACAAUAAUCCAGUCUGGAGGUGACCGUCGCGUGGAUCACAGUGGCUAGGUCAGGGCGAGAGAGAUAAGGGGCCAACUGCUUAGCUUGGUGGAGAUGAAAAAAUGCCGCCUUUGUUAUAGCUGUAAUCUGCGCCUCCAUAGAGAGGGAGGUAUCGAAGAUUACACCCAAACUCUUAACGGACGGUGCUGGCACUAAUUGCACCCCCGCAAGAGAUGGGAGUUGCCCCCCCAAUCCCAUAUCGUCCCGUCCCGUUUGAGGUUAGGGCAAUUCUUUCUGGCUGUCAGUGGUUACUGGCGACAAUUUUAUUUUGUUUUAUUGACAAAGCUGCUUGUGUGCCGCCAUUCUGUUGGUGUUGCUUGGGAAUUGGAAGAAACCGAAAAAGUUGGCGCCAUCUUGAAAUUAAAACCAGUGCAGGUUUGAAAGGUUCCAUUGGGCAUCUUGGUUCAAAAAAGAUGCCCGGCUGAAUCCAAACAUGGAGGAUAACCUGCGCCUUGAUCUCAGGAACCAUCAUGCAGAUUUGGGUUAUGCUCUCUUAAAGGUAAAGGUAAAGGGACCCCUGACCAUUAGGUCCAGUCGUGGCCGACUCUGGGGUUGCAGUGCUCGUCUCAAUUUAUUGGCCGAGGGAGCCGGUGUACACCUUCUGGGUCAUGUGUCCAGCAUGACUAAGCUGCUUCUGGCGAACCAGAGCAGCGCACGGAAACGCUGUUUACCUUCCCGCUGGAGUGGUACCUAUUUAUUUACUUGCACUUUGAUGUGCUUUCGAACUGCUAGGUUGGCAGGAGCAGGGACUGAGCAACUGGAGCUCACCCCUUCGCAGGGAUUCGAACCGCUGACCUUCUGAUCGGCAAGUCCUAGGCUCUGUGAUUUAACCCACAGCGCCACCCGCGUCCCUCUUAAGAGGUGCCCAAAUGCGUAGAAAAGGCAGAAACGACUUUUCAAAAUUUUAGUAGAUGUGUGAUUGUGGAGCAAGCGAAUGAAACACACCAUUGCUCUAGAAGAGAGUGCAGAAGAGGCAGGUUGUGCAUGUGGAGGUGACUCCUUUUCGUGAGUCUACCUGUUUGUUUUAAAAGCAUCUUCAUCCUGCUCUUCAGCCAAAGCAGGCUGCUCAAGCUGUUUGCAAGUAACAGAAACAAGGCAGUCCCUGCCCUGAGGCAGGCAAUCUUAAAAACACAACACAAAAGGGGAAAUUAUUUCAAGGCGGGGAAAGAACAACAGGCGGCUCGGAGUUUAGGUGCAGUAGCAGCCGACUGGGAUGGAAAAAUCUCAAGGAGAGGCGGACAGACGCUGCUGGUCUUUCAGCAGUGCCAAAGGAGAGGCCUGCCAAUCCCUUUCUCCCUCUCCUGAAGCCUGAUGGAUUGGAGCAGGUCUAGUUAUUACACAUCCAUCUGACCCUAUUUUUACCUGUCAAAAGCUGUCGAACAUUAUCCUCAAAAUCCACAUGUCAUCAUGGCACAGACUAAGGCCACCUUCACACCAAACAUCUGAAAGCUAUGAUGCCACUUUAAACAAUCAAGAAUUAUGGGAGCUGUUAUUUGUUAAGGGUGCUGAGUGUUGUUAGGAGACCCACUCUAUUCCCCUCACAGAGCUACAAUUCCUCGAGUGGUUUCAAAACUAAUCUUCGCAGGGAAUGCUAGGAAAUCGUAGCUCUGUGAGCCAGAUGCCAAGGCUGCAAAAGUUGGCACAGGUUUGGAGGGGUUCCAAAUGUUGGGGUUCGUAGUUAAUUUUACUGCGGAUGUGGAUUUCCCAGCAACCCUCAGCACCAUAAACAAACUACAUAUACAGAACAUACAACCAUGAACCUGAGAAGAGCUGGAUCAGGCCAUCUAGACCAGCUUCCUGUUCUUACAGUAGCCGACUAGAUCUCGUGGGUAAUCCCCCAAGCAAGACCCGAGAGCAAGAGCCCUCUCCCCUCCUGCGAUAUCCAGCAACUGGGAUUCAGCAGCAAUUCUGCCCCCCAACCAUGAAGGCAGAGGUCUAAUAGUCAUGAGGUCUAAUAGCCAUAGGGACACGGGUGGCGCUGUGGGUUAAACCACAGAGCCUAGGACUUGCUGAUCAGAAGGUUGGCAGUUCGAAUCCCCGCAACGGGGUGAGCUCCCGUUGCUCGGUCCCAGCUCCUGCCCACCCAGCAGUUCGAAAACACGUCAAAGUGCAAGUAGAUAAAUAGGUACCAUUCCAGUGGGAAGGUAAAUGGCAUUUCCGUGCACUGCUCUGGUUCGCCAGAAGCGGCUUAGUCAUGCUGACCACAUGACCCGGAAGCUGUAUGUAAAGCGAGAUGAGCGCCGUAACCCCAGAGUCAUAUGCGACUGGACUUAAUGGUCAGGGGUCCCUUUACCUUUACCUAAUAGCCAUGGAUAGACUUAUUCUCCAGGAGAUAAAUACAAUAUUCACGUUAUGCACUCUUUUCCCCAUCUGUAUGGAUUUUGGUACACAUUCUUUGCCUCGAGAACUGUAUUGAAAAAUUUGUUGUUAAAGAGUGUCAUCUGUUGUUCUGGAAAGCCAAAAUCUGAUCAAUUUGGCUUCAAAAACAAACCGACUUCCGCUGCCACCCCUGGUUGCCAGGCUGAAAUGAGAUGAAGGCAGAAAGCGAGAGACAAAAUUUCAAUAAUUCUUCCUGUCAGGUUUGAGAUUCUCGUGAUGUGGAGCUUCCGGACCCCCAAGCAGAGGGCAGGGAGCGUAUGUGCAUGAAUUGGGGGGCGGCAACAUUAAAAAAAGGAGAAACCAGCAGCCCCUUCUGUGGUUCCUUUAACAGUAGCUUUCCAUCUUUGCCUUUAGCAGGUGAUAACGCUUAUCUCCUUUCUGUGAAAAGCUUUACUUGCCUAUCUGAGCAGAGCAGGGUCCUGUUAAACUAAGCCACAAAAGUUUUUUCCUCCUUCCUGCUCAAAUUGGCAGCACUAGAGAGUUGCCAGAGGUUCAUUUGCUCAUGAGAUUAUUCCGGAUUUUGAAAGGAAGAGUUUGUUACAGGAGAAGAAGGAUCUCGAAGGCAGAGUAGAUGUUCUGUCUUUCAAAACACAAGAGCUCCUUAAGCUGAUGGUAAGUCCCAAAAUAGGAUGGGGUGUGCUUAGUGGAACUGAUAGGGGGUGGUGGAAGGAGGGGGGAGGACAAUCGGAUGGCCAGGUGUCCUGGCUGCACCUUUAACAGUGGGGCAAAACAGGGAAUUGUGUAACCUGCAGCUGCUGGGCUUCCCCUGUUCUACCUCACUCUUAAAGUUGCAUCGAGGACACCUGUCCUCUUUCACACCUGGCUUACUACCCCAGCUGGGAAGAAGCAGUCAUGGCUGAGUUCAGCAUGCUGUCUUGAGAUGAAAUGUUUCCAGGAACUUCACAGGAAACGGAGAAGGGAAUUUCUCGGGGUGGAGAGGGGGUGACGCUUUGCAGAAAGCAGAAAGCCUUUGCAGCCCUUGUUUUUAGCAUGUUUCUCAAUCCCACAGGGCUCUGUGCCCCUUCCAAACCUGUGCGCAUGUAUGUCUGUGGUAAAAUGUAUAAGAUCAAGCUUGCCAAACCAGUUCCUUUGUCCCAGGUAAUGGCUUUGGCUGGGAUCCCGCUUAGAUUAACACACCUUCCCCCAAACCUGUGGAGGAUGCUGCUGGCUUCCUAGUGAAAGCGGUGUUUGGCGGGUCCAUUCUUGUGGAACAUUUCUUCCAACAGAACAGGAUCCUGUGGCUAUCCCAGUGUUUUGGACUACAACUCCCAUCAUCCUCGACCAUUAGCUGUGCUGGUUGGGGCUGAUGGGAGCAGGAGUCCCACACCUGGAGGGCUGAAGGCUACCUCCCCAGAGCUUUGCUGGAAUGUGAGGAGAAACGCCUACAGUGGUACCUCGGGUUACAGACGCUUCAGGUUACAGACUCCGCUAACCCAGAAAUAGUACCUCAGGUUAAGAACUUUGCUUCAGGAUGAGAACAGAAAUUGCGCAGCGGCGGCAGCUGCAGGCCCCAUUAGCUAAAGUGGUGCUUCAGGUUAAGAACAGUUUCAGGUUAAGAAUGGACCUCUGGAACGAAUUCAAUUCUUAACUCGAGGUACCACUGUACAUCAGGGGUCAGCAAGCUUUUUCAGUAGGCGGCCGGUCCACUCUCCCUUGUGGGGGGCCGGACUAUAUUUUGAAGGAAAAAAAGAAGGAAUUCCUAUGCCCCACAAAUAACUCAGAGAUGCAUUAUAAAUAAAAGGACACAUUCUACUCAUGUAAAAACACGCUGAUUCCUGGACUGUCCGCAGGCCAAAUUUAGAAGGCAAUUGGGCCGGAUCCGACCCCCUGGCCUUAGUUUGCCUACCCACGAUCUACAUGGUUAAUGACCCAUAAUGCCUCAGAUGAAGCCUAGUCCUUUGGGGUGGCAGUGCUAAAGCCUUCCUUUCUGGAAGCUGUUCUGUAUUAAAAUAAUGAGCAGGAUAAUUCUGCCGUUCCUGCUAAGGAUCAGAACAGCUUGAGAAGGCUAUGGAUUGGCGAACCAGAGAGGAAUGGCAAACCAAACUGAUGGACUAUGCCGAAAUGGCAAAACUGACUGGAAAACUCAGAAACCAAGAAGACAAAAAGUUUAUAAAAGAAUGGGAAAAAAUUAUAAGUUAUUUAGGAGACGACUGUAGGCAGAUGGAAACACUGGCAGGAUUUUGAUUUCACUUGUAGUCGAACAAAUACCGUGGACAAUAGAGACUGAUAUAAAAGUUAAGAGUAUGGAAGAAUAUGCAGUUGUAAAUGUUCAAAACAGGACCCCAUGGGGGGUGGGUGGGGGGAAGUCCCGAGAUUCAGAGAGGAAUCUCUGUACAUGGAUUUAUAUUUGGAUUUUUAUAACUUUGUAGUUGUAAAACCAAAUAAACAUGAUUUCAAAAAGAAAAAGAGAAGGCUGUGGUUUGGGACUGAGACACCUUGUUUAUGGGAUGGGAUGAGGGGGGUUCAUGGUAGGGUCAGGGGUGAAUGUUUAGAGUCAGUGAGAUGCACUUUGAUAAUUAUAGCAAAGAGGGCAGGCUAGGGUAGCUGAUCUACGCCAGCCUGUGGAGUGGGAUUGAGGAGGAACCAGCUGCUCUCAAAACUCUGUUCAGAUAAUAUUUCUGCAAGUGACUGGAUGUUUUUGAGGGACAGCAGAAUCAUAAUCUUGCACUCGGAUCCUGCCUGUGGGCUUCUCAAAGCUAUCUGGUUGGUUGCUAUGAGAAAACAGGAAGCUGGGCUAGACUUGCCACGGGCUUGAUCCUGCAGGCCCUUCCUCUUCCUCCCUUUCAUGUUCAUCGUGACUUCUGAGCAGAACCCUGUGUGUUGACAGACGGUAUGCAGGCAGGCUAUCUUGGUUGUGGAAGUGGCAGGAGAAGAUGAGAGCCACUUUUUGCACAUUCAGUCACAGACUCUGCAAGUUUUUCCUGCUUGGCAGGGGGUUGGACUCGAUGGCCCUUGUGGUCUCUUCCAACUCUAUGAUUCUACGAUUCUAAGUGUCCUGGGGAAAACAACAGGGCAUCCCGUUUUGCCCUCCUGCAGGAGCAUAGCAGCCACUUUGGGCACCAUGAUCUUGCAUGAUUCUGUGCCAAGAUCCCCCCCCCAAAAGUGUUUCUUUUCAGGGCCGUAAUCUUGUGGCGCUGUGCGUUAAACCACAGAGCCUAGGACUUGCUGAUCAGAAGGUUGGCAGUUCGAAUCCCUCCCAUUGCUCGGUCCCUGUUCCUGCGUCCCUAGCAGUUUGAAAGCACGUCAAAGUGCAAGUAGAUAAAUAGGUACCGCUCCGGCGGGAAGGUAAAAGGCGUUUCCGUGUGCUGCUCUCGUUCGCCAGAAGCGGCUUAGUCAUCCUGGCCACAUGACCUGGAAGCUGUACGCUGGCUCCCUCGGCCAAUAAAGCGAGAUGAGCGCCGCAACCCCAGAGUCGGCCACGACUGGACCUAAUGGUCAGGGGUACCUUUACCUUAACCUUUAAUCUUGUGCAGCGCUCUAAAACUCAUGUUUUGGGGCACUGUGCUCUCACUCCACAAAAAAGCAUGUAUUUUGGGCUCUGUGAUCUUGCUCGGCCAGGAAGACACAAGUCCCGGUUUGGGGACUGAACAUGUUGGAGGAUAUGCAGUCACACAAUGUGUGGUGUCUGAACAGCGGCAAUAAAAGCUCUCUUCGCACAUUACACAGGAAGUUGCCUUAUAGAUGGUUAGGCCAUUGGUCUCUCUAUCCCAGUGCUUCCAACACCAGUGUUGGGGAAUAUCUGUGGCCCUCCAGAUGUUUCUGCACUGCAACUCCCAGCCACGGAGGAUGGGAGUUGUAGUCUGACAAGCCACGGGUUCACCAACCCUGGUCUGGACUGGCUGGCUGGCUGAGACUCUGCUGGAUUUCACACAGGGUUUUGUUUCUUGGCCCAACCUGGAGAUGUCGUUGGGCAUUGAACCUGGGACCUUCUGCAUGCAAAGCAGAUGUUCUACCCCUGAGCUAUGGCUGAAUCGCCUCUGGGAAGGGGCAUCACGGUUACCAAAGGGCUGCAUGUCCAGCCCAGUUCUCAAGGUCACCUGCUUCCUUCCAGCUGUAGAGGCUCCUUGCACAAUUAGAAGCCUGAACUUAGGGGGCUGAAAAUUGUAUGGGGAGCCUGCAUCAACAGAGAAGGUUCCUUGCUUCAGAUAUCAUCCCUUAGCCCCUGAAGGCAUGGUGCAACCUCGGGAGCUGGACUGAAACAGCAGGCCCUUUGUAUAGUGUUGCUCCUCCGUACGAGUGGUGCCUAAAUAGGGCUGCAGUUUGGGGGUGGCACAAAUCAGACUAUUCUUGUUAUGUACUGAGUUGAAUAGGAUCCAAAAGGCAGCAGUCUGAUUGGUCCUAGAACAAUAGGAUCCAAAAUGCAGCAGUCUGAUUGGUCCACAGGAGCCACCCAAUCCAGCUCCAGGUGGAAGGGAAUCCACAACCUGAUUGGCCUACAGGAGAAUCCCGGAAUUAGCCAAUCACGUGGGGCCCAUUGUGUAAAUAAUGUAUAUAAGGCAGACAUUCUGGGAGAACUUCCAUUCCUCCUCACCACUAUGAGCUGAAUAAAGAGCAUGAAAUCCACUCUCGACACCAUAUAUUUCAAUUCUCAAUUCCUGUGUUCCCCUUAGUUGAACUGGAUAACCCUCAGGGUACCUUCCAGCUCCACAAUUCUAUGAUUCUGCUAACGCUGGCAAGCAUAAAAUAUGUCAGACCUGAUUCUAGAUUCAGGUAGGUAGCCGUGUUGGUCUGACGCAGUCGAAAUAAAUAAGGAAAUUAAAAAAUUUUCCUGUAGCACCUUAGAGACCAACUAAGUUUGUUCUGGGUACAGUAUAAGCUUUCGCGUGCAUGCAGCUUAUACCCAGAACAAACUUAGUUGGUCUCUAAGGUGCUACUGGACAAUUUUUUAAUUUAUUUCGAAUAUGUCAGACAGAAUUUGUAAGAGAGACUAGGACCAUUUACACGCUCUUCUCUGCACCCACUGGGCUCCCACCACUGGUUUGGGAAGUGGUGCACCCAUGAACAUUAGACACAACCCAUCUCUGUCCUGUCAUUCUUUACAAAAUGCUGUGCGUUGAUGCACCCCCACAAACACACAACCCCGGCUUUAAUCCCAAGUGAGAACGAGAAUUGCUUAGCUGCCUUUUGAGCCCUGUGCCGACUUUUAAUGUGGUUUGCCUGGUUCCCCUCAUCUGGAUGCCCUUUCAUGGUAUCUCCAGAUACAGUGGAACACCUCCCUUUUAAUCCACGUCGGGAAAGGUGGCUCCUGUACCGGUGUGGUUGUGCGGCCCCUUAUCACCGGGGGUAAAUAUUUGGCCUCUCUCUCCUUCUCUCCUUUCUAGAAAUGUCAACACGGGCCCAACCCAAGUCUCUGGGGCGGCUGAGCCGAGAUGCUGCCUGCUGA